AUGGCUAUGCUCUUUGACUGGCCCGCCGACGAGGUCCGGGACGGCCCGCAGGCGGUUGUCGACGAGCUCGCCUCUUCCCAAUCGCUCGCGACUUGCAGGAGCUUGUACAACGUUCACGGGCCAUCGCGGACCAGCACAGCCUUCAGCGUCUUGACGGAGGGUGGGAACGAGCUGGAAGCGAGCGUCGGCGAGGCCACCGAGACGCUGCCGCUCGAGUGGGACGAGGAGGGCGAGGAAGGGACCUUUGGCGACGGCGGCGGGGAGACGGAGGGAGCGCUGUGGCCCGACAUCGGCGACACUCGCGAGCUUCUAGACGGGCUCCCGAGCGCCUCUAUACUCGACGACGAGCUGUCUUCGCUCGAAGUCAACCCUCUCGACCUCGCCCGCUCCUCGCAUUCGCCUGCCCCCGAUGCUGAUGGACCCGAAGGCGCGAGUGACAAUCCAGAUCUGGCAUCUGUGCAGCCGGCGCCGUGCAACAUCGAAGACCCCGCAGGACUGAGCAGCGUCAUUGAAUCCCUCAAGCGCGACUUCGACGAGGCCUUCUCUACUCCGACCUUCGAGCAGGAGCACUCGCCGUCUCCUUCCGCGAAACGCUUCUGCUCAACGUCGCCAAGUCCUCCGCCUCCGGACACGCGCGCACCCUCUCCCGCCCGCUUCGAGCUUCCGCCGCCAAUUCGCCCUCGCAGCCCGACGCAGGCAGAAAUGGACGCCUUCUUCGGCUUCGUCAACCCUCUUGGCGCGCGUUCGCCGGUCGAGGAACCUCCUCGCAUUCCAGCGGUCACAGCGGUGGCGGGCAUCACGGGGGAGGACGCCCAAGACCCGACCUCGCCGGAUGUCUCUGCACGUCAAGUCCUGGAGGCGUCUCCUCAGCCGAAUUUCGUCCCUGGGCACCUCGAAGACAUUAUCGACAGCUCCGCCGAAGCGCAAAAACCGCCUGACGUCGACGAGGCGUACUUCCAGCUGGCGCCCAUUCCGACGGUUUCGUCGACAAGCUUGCCGCUCUCGCUCGAAGGUCGUCGACUCGCCAUCAUCUCCUCGCUCGAACAGCUCGCCCUCUCCGUCUUCAGCCAGAUCGUCGACAACGUCGCUCCGCCCGCCCCGCAGCCCGCCGAAAGCUCUCAACCAGCCACGCGACCGCCUUGGAAGCAGAUUCGAGUUGUGCUGGCGAAGCGACGGAGCUCAAAGGACGGCUCCGCCUCUCGUCAGACUAUCAGGUUCCCUCGCAAAUAUGGCCAAGGCGAUCAGGUCCGGCUUGGCGCGAAAGAGCUCGCCUGCCUCCUGCGACUCGUCGAGCUCGUCUUGGAGGGCUUGCGGGACGAGAAGGUGUCGACAAAGCGGGACCUGUACUACCGCGACGUCGCCCUCUUCGGCAAGCAGACCAUCGUUGACUCGCUCAUCGACAACUUGGCCGCAACUCUCGAUGUGCGAAGAAGCGAGCUCAACGUCGUCGCUGCGGCGAAAGGCCUGGUCGCCGGCACAAUCAAGCUCGUCAUGAAGGACAGAACGGUGCAGAACGGCCCCGAACAGUCGGUCCUCAUCCCUACGGCGCAAACUCUCGAGAGCGUCGAGGCGGAUGCGGCCGAGUGGCUGCUCGUGAUCGAGAAAGAGGCGGUCUUCCAGUCGCUGGCGAGUUCGCCGAUCCUCAACGACCUUGAGCUCGGAAACGGUGUCAUCUUGACCGGUAAAGGCUACCCCGACAUCGCCACUCGCGACCUGCUCAAGCUUCUCUCGGACAGCUACCCUUCUCUUCCUCUCUUCGCCCUCGUCGACAGCGAUCCUCACGGGCUCGACAUCCUCUCAACCUAUCGCUUCGGGUCUGCGGCGCUCUCACACGACUCCGCUAACCUCGCCGUUCCCCGCCUCGAGUGGCUCGGCGUCAAGGGCACGGAGUGGGACGAUCUCGGGGUUGAUAGGGACGAGUUGCUUCCUCUCUCGCUCCACGACCGGCGCAAGGCGCUUGCGAUGCUCAAGAGGGAGGGUCUGCCUGACGAGUGGAGCCGCGAACUCCAGUACAUGCUUCACCUCGGUCGCAAAGCGGAGAUUCAGAUCCUCGCUUCCUCCUCGUCGCCUCCGCAGCUUGAAACCGACACGCAAACUCAGCUUUCGACCUCGAAUUCGACACCAGCAUCUUCGUCUCGUCUCGUCAACUACAUGAAGACCAAACUUCGCAUCGCUCUCGCUCUCGCUCGGACGGAAGGGACAGACCACGCUUGA